GAAAACAAAUGGCUUCCUUCAAAUUUUAACAUUUUAAGUCUAUUUCAACUAAAUUACACACAGAUGAAACUAAAAGCAGAACUUAUAGUUAUUCACUUUGCUACACAGAGCAUGCUAACGGUUAAAACGUGCUUUUGCAACCCGGAGGAGGAGCCGGUGACUGACUACAAAGCGAUCCGUCUUCAGAUGGGAUUCUCGCUCAGACGAUCUUUGUCUUGUUUACUUGUAUGUUCUUCCACGUCUUCUGCCGUUGAUAGUUAUAAAAAAUGAUCAAGACUUGUCUUUUUGGGCUGAGACAUGUUUCCGGGCGAGGACGGGUGCUCUCUGCGGCUACUGCAAGGCUACAGCACAGCACAGUACAGCCUGUCCCCUCGACCCGUCCAGAGACCUCCAGCGCCGAGACCAUGAUGGACAUCGGGACCCGCCGGAUCUUCAGCGAGGACCAUGAUCUCUUCAGACAAAGCGUCCGGCACUUCUUUCAAGAGGAAGUGGUUCCACAUCACAAGGAGUGGGAGAAGGCGGGUGAGGUGAGCAGGGAGGUGUGGGAGAAGGCUGGCAAGCAAGGCCUGCUGGGAGUAAUGAUACCAGAGGAGCAUGGUGGCAUCGGAGGAGACCUGUUUUCUACUGUAGUCACGUGGGAGGAGCAAGCAUAUUCCAACUGCACAGGCCCGGGUUUCACCUUGCACUCUGACGUUAUCAUGCCCUACAUCAGCAACUAUGGUAGCAAGGAGCAGAUUGAACGCUUCAUCCCCGAGAUGACUGCUGGGAAAUGUAUCAGUGCUAUUGCCAUGACAGAGCCAGGAGCAGGCAGUGAUCUUCAAGGUGUGAGGACGUACGCCAAGAGGGAUGGCAGCGACUGGAUCCUCAAUGGCAACAAGGUGUUCAUCUCAAACGGUUGGCUGGCUGACCUGGUGGUGGUAGUGGCCGUGACAAACCGCGAGGCAAAGACAGCGGCACAUGGCAUCAGUCUGUUCCUGGUGGAGAAUGGCAUGAAGGGCUUCCAGAAAGGGCGCAAGUUGGAGAAGAUCGGUCUGAAGGCGCAGGACACAGCUGAACUGUUUUUUGAGGAUGUGCGGCUCCCAGCUGACGCCCUCUUGGGGGAACUCAACAAGGGUUUCUACUACCUGAUGAAUCAACUGCCUCAGGAGCGUCUGAUAAUUGCUGACAUUGCCAUAGCAAGCUGUGAGUUCAUGUUUGAGGAAACCAGGAACUAUGUGUUGCAGAGGAAGGCUUUCGGCAAGAUGAUAGCUCACUUACAGACUGUGCAGCACAAGCUGGCAGAGCUGAAGACUGAAAUCUGUGUGGGCCGAGCCUUCGUAGAUAACUGCCUUCAGCUCCACGCUGAGAAACGGCUGGAUCCCUCCACUGCUUCCAUGGCCAAGUUCUGGGCAUCUGACCUCCAGAACAAGGUGGCCACUCAGUGCCUGCAGCUCCAUGGAGGCUGGGGCUACAUGUGGGAAUACCCCAUUGCCAGGGCGUUUGUGGACGCCCGUAUUCAGCCCAUCUAUGGAGGCACCAAUGAGAUCAUGAAAGAGCUCAUUGCCCGCAGCAUUGUCAGACAGAAGUGAGAGUUUGAUGUUUUUAUGGUGGAAGAGCACUGGGGGUGUUUUUUCUUAGUUGACAGUUUGUCUGAAAAUGGGUUAAAGUAUGAUGAACGGUCGUGAAAAGACAAGGAAGGCAUUACAGAAUGAAGUCAUGGGACUAAAGCGACACUAUGUGUUUAAAACUGUGUACAAACACCGGAUUUUGUUUGAGCGCACACACAGAACGGUCUGCUAGUGGACUGUGAGGAGAUAUUCGCUGAAUUUGACAAAGACGUGAAUUGGAUUAGAAUCACAUACCACAUAUUUAAUGCCGUAGAUUUACAGAGCUGAUUUUAGAGGUUGACAAAUAAAUUAGAAAAAGCACUAAUGACUCGACGGUUUCCUUAAUCACAUUAUAUUUCACAACUUUGGUAAAAUAAUGACCUUUUUUUAUGUUUCUGUUUCUUUCCAUUUAUUACUUACUGUAGUGUUAGUUGUAUAUUUCAUUUAAAAAUAAUUCCAGGUAAAAUGCACAUAUUUUUGUAAAUGAAUGUAUUGUUAGUUGCUUGUGUGUACAAUAUAUAGUUAGAGAAGAGAUUGUAUGUAUGAAUGAGCAAUUUUGUCAGUAAUGCGUUGUUUUAGCAUAGCAUUGAGACCGUCUGAGACAGAUAUUGCAAGUUAACUUAUAUCAGAUUUAAGGUUUUGGACUGGAUUCUCAACAUCUUUUCAUAGCAGAUGCUGCCAUGCUUUCAAAUUCCAUGUUAGUCAAAGUGUGCAUACAUGUCUGCUUUUGUCUUCUAUACUUAAGAGGACCAUAUACCCUCACAAGGAUAUGAAUGCUAGAAAAAUAGUCCAAAUUGAGAAUUUGUUUCUGUUUCUUACUCUUCACUUUUUGGGGUGAGAACUGGCAUUAAGAGUUAAUGUUGGUAUGUCGAGGUAUGAACUGAGCUGAGGCAUGUGAUGGUUAGGGAUGAAUUGUUAAUGAAGGUCCAUUAAAUGGAAGAAUAACUGCA